AUGCCCCCCGCCAAGUGGCUGAUGCACUGGCACCCAAACCCUGGAGCGACGCUCAACAGCCAGAUCCUGGCGGAGGCCUGUAGCUGCGCGGAGUCCCUCGGCGGCACCAAGGACGGCCGCUGGAAGACAUCCAUCAUCUCCUGCCGCCCGAUCACACGAGACAGCAUGGGCGCCGGCGGGCGGCUGCCUCCAGAUGUGCCCGGCGAGCUCCUCGGUGUCGCGCUCCACGAGCACCCCGGACUCUACUUCUCCAUCCUCCGGAGUCAUCGGCUCGUCCUACAGGCUGACGCUUCCUUCCCCCAUGUCAUGGAGAAGCUCCAGUCGUACAAGGCUCGUGUCAGCCUCAACUUUGAGGGAUUCCAAUAUCAACUGGGUGAUUUUUGCUUGAGGAUAGGUAAAUGUGCUCCUAACAAUUCUGAAACAAUGAGAGGAAUCAUGAUGGAGGUAGAGUAUUAUCCCUUAUCUUCCAUCGAAAAGUCCAGGGCAAUUAUGGUAGACUUCUUUGACAUAUGGCAGGAAACACUUGCAAAGAAGUCGCUGCCUGGUCGAUUCAUCCAUGUAGAGUCUAACUUUUCAGAGUAUGGUCUUUCAGAUCACUACUCUUUCCAGCACACGGCAGUUCAGUACGCUACCUGCUUGCAACAACUCAUUAGAUCUACAUGAAAAGAAUCAUCACAACAUAUGCAGCAUGUGAAGUCACAUUCACAUCAUCACGAAAACAACUAGAUGAUACCUUGGGCAUUGUUGUUGGAAUUCGUAUGGUUAUGGAUCACGAAUAUUUUCAUUAAUAAUAUGAUAAAUGAAAUUUAAAGUACA